AUGGGCUGGGGCCGCGACCCGGGGCAAAAGCCGCCGCUGGACGCCCAGGAGCGGGCGGCGAUUCUGCGUCAGUGCACAGAGGCUGUGGCGUACCUGGCUUCUUUCGACCUCAUCCACAGAGACAUCAGGGGCCCGAACAUCAUGGUCCACGGCCGAGGUGCGAAGCUGACCGUCAGGGUGAUCGAUCUCGGCCACACGAUCAUCUCGGAGGAGGGCCAGGAGAAAAACAAGAGCGCCGUUGUGAAGUGCAACUGGAAGGAGAGCGAGGGGAGGCACUUCGACUGGGCUCCCGUGGAGGUCAAGCACAAGAGUUCCUCGAACUUUUCGCAGCCAGUGCACGCGUUCGACGUAUUCUCGCUCGCGAUGUUGGCUUUGCAGCUCGAGAUCGGCACCAUCGCGGCAACCCGCCGUUUGCUGGAGCAGUCCAGGACGGCGGGUGUGCUUGCGCUCCCAGGUAGCUGUGGCAACCUGGGUAUCCCAGCGGCCAUGCUGGAGAGAAUGCUCGGGGAGGCUUCGCAGCGGCCAGCGCCGGAGGGCCUGCAGCCUGCGCUGCCCGCCAGCGAUGGCCAGCGCGAGGGAAAGGGCUCCGCAGCCUCCCCCCCUCCUCCCCCCCGCCCGGGGAGGGGGAGACGACCUGGAGGCGGUGCUGAGGGCCAUGCGGAGCGCCGGCGCCCCGGGCGCCCCCGCGAGCCGUGGCCGCAGCCGGAGCCCGCGCACCAG